UUUAGGAAAGAAGGAAUUGCCAUUUUUAAUACCUUGAGAAAGAAAUUAGAGAGGGUGGGUACGAGCUUCAAAAUUACCUUAUUUUUUAAUCAAGAUUUUAUUUAGAAUUCUAUUUACAAUUUCCAAUCAUUCCAAAAAAUAUUGAAGAAAUGAGAAAUGCUCGAUAUUUAUUUGAACAACUUUUUAGUCGUAACAUUGUUUGAUUUGAAUUGCAUCAAUAUAUAUUUAACCCACAAAUGAUUGAAUUAUUAUUUGAUGGAACAACGAAUCUACCUUUACAACUUCAUUCACAAAAGUCUAAUCUAUUUAUUUACAAAGAUUAUUUCCAUUCUUGUCUUUUAAAUUUUGUAUUAAAUCAUCUUACUUCUAAUCAAUUUACGAUUUAUCUUGAUGAUGCCAUCGAUGUAGGGGAAUAUCAGGAUGUUUUAUUUACAAUUUUGAUAAAAGGAGGAAAUAAAUUUUCUAAAAUUUGUUUUAGAAAUCGCAAAUUGUCAGAGCUUUAUAAUCUUAUUAUACAGGUGAUUAGAUAA